CUCAAUUUCGCUGAUUUCUCUGAUCUUAGUGCUCUGUUCGACCCGAUUCACCUUGUAUAUCCCCAGCUUUAAGGUUGGAGCUUGCAAUACAUGAUGCUUUUUGCUCAAUUUCAGCACAGGAAUACCCUUUUUCCUUUCUUUCCUGGUGCUAUGUUCCUCGCUUUUUUUCCUUGGUUUGAUCUGCUUUCUAUAAAAACAUUUUACCAUCUCUUCUGUCACUGUAUUCUCUAUGUUGUAUCUCUUUUUUUGUUAUUUGAUAUCUUCCCUUAAAUGAAUCAAAAUAUAAAAAUACAAAAUUACAAAUUACAAUCAUCAUGAAGUUACUACAUCAUAGUUUCAAGUCAUAUCUAGCGAUUUUGCUUCUAUCCGUAUUUUGUUUCAAUAUAGUAAAUGCUGAUUAUUCCCCUAAAAUUUCCUCAAAGGAUUUCUCCAGUCCCCCCAAACAAAUCAUCUACUUCGAAGACACCUCCAACGUCUUGUACUUGGACGAUCCAAAGGGCCUGGUAUACUUUUCUCAAAAUGAUGGAGAGUCCUGGGAAAAACUAAAUUUCGAUAAUGAGGUUAUCAAACUCAUACUCGUCCAUCCUUAUAAGAAAAACAUUGUUUAUGCCUUUUCAGAUUCAAAAUACCAAUUCAGGUCCAUCAGUGCAGGAAAAGUUUGGAAAAAAAUUGAAACCCCUGAAUCUGUUCAUAUUUCUGAUAAUUUUUUCCAAUCUCCCUCUAUUGUUUUCCAUGGCAAACGUCAAGAUUACGCUCUAUUCGCUGGUCAAUGUAUAGACGACAAUUCAGACAAAAAAGAAAAAGAAAAAGAAAAGAAUAACAAUUUCUGUUCAAGAAAAUUCUAUUACACAAGAGAUGGCUUUCUAACCUUUAAAGAAUUAACUACUGCUCAUACUUGUAUUUUCACUGAAGCCACAAAUUUAAUUAACGCUGAAGACCAAAAAUCAGUAAUCUGUUCAUCUAUCUAUGACAAUAAACAUGGCCUUUCAUUGGCAAAGUCUCUAGAUUGGUUUCAAGAUGAUAUCACCCAUAUUAACGCCGAAGGUGGUGUUCUAAUAACUGGCAUUGAACUAUUGACUUCUGUAGACCACUAUCUAAUUGCAAUUGGUCACAACAUCUUAACCACCGACAAAGAAACUGAAAACUUAUUCAUUUAUAUUUCUUAUGAUGGCAAGGCUUGGAAGGAAAUCUCUCUACCUGAAAACGUCAACUUUAGAUCAAACUCCUUCUCAAUCUUAAAGUCUUUUGUUAACUCCUUACACAUCGAUCUCAAAAUUAAUGGCAUUGAUAACCUAGGUCAACUAUUCUCUGCUAACCUUGACACCGGUUAUUUCAAUAAAAUUCUUGACUACACCAACAGAGAUCCUGCUGGAAAUGUUGAUUAUGAAACAUUAACCAGUAUUGAUGGCAUUAUUCUUUCUAAUCAAGUUUCAAAUGGCCAGUCUAUCAUUCUAGAUGAUUCUCUAUCUCCCACUGUCAGAUCAAAGAUUUCUUUUGAUAAUGGUAAUUCUUGGACUUUCUUAAAAUUAUCAGACUCCGAUGAUGAUUCUCAAUCUUGUAGAGGUGACACCUCCUGCUCUUUAAAUUUGCACUCCAUCGUUGAAAGAGCUGACAAUUUUAAACCAAACAACAUGAUUGGAAAAUACUAUUCAAGUCCUGUUCCAGGCCUCUUAUUAGGUGUUGGGAACAUUGGCUCCUCUUUAAAAGAUUAUGACUACAGUGAUACCUAUAUGUCCAAUGAUGCUGGCCUAUCUUGGGCUAAAACUUUGAAUGGUCCUUAUUUAUUUGAAUUUGGUGAUUCUGGCUCAGUCAUUGUUGCAAUUUCCGAUUCAAUUGAAACAAAUUCCAUCAAAUAUUCUAGAAAUAUGGGAAAAACUUGGAAACAAGUAUCCAUUAAAGAUUCAAUCUACGCAAAGGUUUUAACAACCACCCCAGAUUCUACUUCCUCCAAAUUUUUAAUCAUUGGAAAAACUUCAAAUGGAAAAUAUAAAUCCAUCUCCCUUAAUUUCGAUAAACUAUUUGACAGAAAAUGCGUGGAAAAUGACAUGGAAGAUUGGUACGUUCCUUCUGUAAACGGCCAAUCAAUGUGUUUCAUGGGGUACAAACAAAAAUUCUCAAGGAAGAAAUCUGAAUCAUACUGUUAUGUUGGUAAAUUAUACAAUGAAGCUGAAGUAGUCCAAGAAAGUUGUCCUUGCGUUGAAUUAGAUUAUGAAUGUGCUUAUGAUUUUUCUAAAGAUAAUGAAUCCGGAAAAUGUGUUCCUAACGACAGUCUGUAUUUUGAAAGUAUAAAAUCAAAAGAAUGUGAUGGCAGAACAGAAAUAUAUUCGUUGCCUCCUUCUUACAGAAAGAUUCCAGGAAAUCAAUGUUCCUCAAUCAAAGGUUUGAAUUUGGAUAGCGAUGUUGUUAAAAGAUGUCCAAACUACGAGAUUGAUAUGAAUAAUAAAAAUGGCGCUCCAAAGGAUAUUAAUCACGAUGUCGCUGAAGGUGAUAAACAAGAAGCUACUGACUCUAUGAAUAAUGGUAAAAUCAAAUCCUUGAACUUCCAAUUUUCUGGAACCAUUAAAGAUUACAUAUAUCUUGAAAGAGAUGUCAGUAAAGAUAACCAAGACGAAACGAUAGUAUUAUUAACAAGUGAAAAUGAGGCUUAUGUUACCCAUGAUCAAGGUGCUUCAUGGGAACAAAUUGCUCCCGGCGAAGAAAUUAUUUCUUUCAAAUUAAAUCCUUAUAAUUCAGAUCAUGUCUUUUUGUUGACAACAAAUCAAAAAAUUAUCUAUUCAAUGGAUAGAGCUGAUAAUUGGAAAUCUUUUAGAACUCCUUCUAUUGAUAUUCCUGGCACAUUUCCAAUAUCUUUUCAUCCAAAGAAACCAUCAUGGUUGGUUUGGACCGGUCAAACAGGUUGCGAAAAUGCUAACUCUUUAACCUGUCAAACAAACUCCUAUGUGUCGAGAUCUUAUGGCAAACGAUGGGAAAUACUUAAAAAAGGAGUUGAAAGAUGUUCUUUUAUUCAAAAUCUUAACCUUCCAACUUCUGAUAUGUUAAUAUAUUGUAUUAAAAAAGGUAAUAAUGAUCAAAAUAAAGAAUUGAUUGCUUCAACAGAUUUCUUUAAAUACAACCAAGUGUCUCUUGUGAAAAACUUGAUAGACUAUUCAAUUGUUGACGGAUUUGUGUUUGCUGCAGCUGAAGGGAAGAAAGAUGAUGAUGAAAUUAGAGCUUUUGUAUCAAUGGAUGGCGAGACUUUUGCAGAGACUUUUUUCCCUCAUAAUGUUGAUAUGAAUAAACAGAAAACUUAUACUCUUUUGGGAGCUAAAUCAAAAGCCAUAUCCUUACAUGUUACUACAAAUUCAAGAGAAGGCGCUGAAUUUGGGACACUUUUAAAAUCGAACUCUAAUGGUACUUACUUUAUAGUUUCUCAAAACUACGUGAACAGGAAUUCUGCUGGAUAUGUUGAUUUUGAACAAAUAAGUUCAUUAGAGGGCGUUGUGGUUGUAAAUGUUGUUGCAAACUAUAAGGAAGCAAGAAAAGGAGCAAAGAAAAGUCUUAAAUCAAUGAUAUCACAUACCGAUGGUGCUCAAUGGUCUUAUAUUCAACCACCUAGUGUUGAUUCAGAGAAUAAGAAAUACAAGUGUGCUGGUCAACCAUUAGAAAAAUGUUCUUUACACUUACAUGGAUUUACCGAAAGAAGAGAUUAUAGAGAUACAUUUUCAUCCACUUCAGCCACUGGUGUGAUGAUUGGUGUAGGUAAUGUUGGUGAUUCAUUAGAUUCAUUUUAUGAAGGAAAUACAUUUAUCACUAAAGAUGGAGGUGUAACAUGGAAGGAAAUUAAAAAAGGAGUUUAUCAAUGGGAAUAUGGUGACCAAGGUACCAUUAUCGCUUUGGUAGCAGAACAAGAUAAUACAAAUGUAAUUUACUACACUAUUGAUGAAGGUGAUACCUGGAAUUCGUAUGAAUUUACUACCGAAAAAGUUGUUGUUAAUGACAUUGCAACAGUUCCUUUGGAUAAUUCAAGAAAGUUUUUGUUGUUCACAACUAUGCCAACCAGCCGUGGUGAAAGAUCCCAGGUGUUCCAAAUUGAUUUCACUAAUUUAUUAAAGAGGAAAUGCAGUUUAGACUUGAGGAAUCCAGAUGAUGAUGAUUUUGAAUUGUGGUCCCCCAAACAUCCAUUUUCAUCCAGUAAUUGUCUAUUUGGUCAUGAAACUCAAUACUAUAGAAAAUUGCCCAAUAAGGAAUGUUAUAUUGGUGAUUCUAUUGCUGACCCAUAUGUCAUCGUUAAAAACUGUACAUGUACAAGACAAGAUUAUGAGUGUGAUUUUAAUUAUUAUCGUGAUGAGCAUGGUGAGUGUAGAUUGAUAACAGGAUAUUCACCUCCAGAUCACUCCCAAUACUGCAAGCAGAAUAGAGACGCAAUUGAAUAUUGGGUUCCAACUGGCUAUAGACGUAUUCCAUUAACCACUUGUCAGGGAGGAAAUGAGUUUGAUAAAGUAGAUCCAAUGCCUUGUCCUGGAAGAGAAGAAGCCUUUGCUUCGAUUUAUGAAAGAGGAUUGCAGGGUUUGAAGUUGAUUCUUUUAAUUGCAGCUAUUUUAGUUGGAAGUUUUAUUGUCUUCUACAUUACUUACAGAUACUACUACUAUGCUCGAUAUGGACAAAUUCGUCUUGAUGAAAAUAAUGAGUUCACAUUCACUGACGAUACUUUGGUCAACAAAGCCAGCAAAGCUUUGCAUGUUAUAAUGGUUAAGGCUACAAUUCAGUUAAACAGCGGAUAUGACUAUAGCAAAGUUUAUUUAGAUACCAUAAGAGAAAGAUUAUAUGGCAAAAAAAUGUGGUCGUUUGAUAGGUUUGCUCUUAAGAAAGAUCGAAAUCACAGAUACACUUCUGUUGACGAAGAAAACACAAGUUCUGUUAUCUUUGAAGGUGGUUCUUCUGAAAAUCUUCUUGGUGCUAGCGAUGAGGUUGCAAGCAUAAGCCCCUUCACUGAUCUUGAGGGAGACAAUACAUACAAAGACGACAGAGAUGCCAAAAAGGAAAAAGGAAAGAGUAUGUCGUUUCAGGAUGAUUUGAUUACUGACCAGAGCAAGGAUAACUUGCCAGGUCCAUCCACAGACAAGCUAAUUUGAACAUGAUGUUUUUUUACUGUACCAUAUAUAUAGAUCAGAGAUUUAUAGUCUUUCUUUAUAGUCUUUCUUUAUUUUAUUUCUUUUUUUUACCCUAUUUGCUACCGAUAUAAUAAACUGUUAUAGAAACUGU